AUGUCGCCUUUCUUCAUUUUGUCUUCCCUUUCUUUAAAUUGCGGCAUCUAUCUAUCUAUCUAUCUAUCUAUCUAUCUAUCUAAUCUAUUCCUGUCUAUCUAUCUAUCUAUCUAUCUAUCUAUCUAUCUAAUCUAUUCCUAUCUAUUAUCUAUCUAUCUAUCUAUCUAUCUAUCUAUCUAUCUAUCUAUCUAUCUAAUCUAUCUAUCUAUCUAUCUAUCUAUCUAUCUAUCUAUCUAUCUAUCUAUCUAUCUAAUCUAUUAUCUAUCUAUCUAUCUAUCUAUCUAUCUAUCUAUCUAUCUAUCUAUCUAUACAUGUCUAUUCCAUUCAUCUAUCUAUUCAUCUAAUCUAUCUAUCAUCUAUCUAUCUAUCUAUCUAAGUAUGUCUAUCUAUCUAUCUAUCUAUCUAUCUAUCUAUCUAUCUAAUCUAUUCCUUCUAUCUAUCUAUUCAUCUAUCUAUCUAUCUAUCUAUCUAUCUAUCUAUCUAUCUAUCUAUCUAUCUAAUCAUCUAUCUAUCUAUCUAUCUAUCUAUCUAUCUAUCUAUCUAUCUAUCUAUCUAAGUAAGCAAUAUCACAUCAAAGGAGGCCGUUUCUUUAUUGAAAAUAUAAAAAUCGAUGAAGCAUCAUUCAGAAGGCGUCCAUCACAAACAGACAGCCUAUCCUCUGGCGUAACAUCACCAAACAGCGCUGCCACUUUCUCUGCCGGCACCGACUCUGUCGACGCCAAUGUCACUCACAUUCACUCACAUUCCAACUUCGUCGUGUAUCACACAUCUAUUUCCCUUAAACCAUCAACUGCAUUCCUCAUCUGUUCCCUCCUACUCCUUCUUUACCUCCGCCCACUUCACACGCUUGUAAUCUCCCAUUACGUCACUCACAUCUCUUUGGCGGAGCCCAGUCGCCAUUAG